AUGCCAAUUCCCACCAAACCAAACAUCGUACUGAUUUUGGCAGAUGAUCUAGGAAUCGGUGAUGUCGGCUGCUAUGGAAAUGAUACUUUAAGGACUCCCAAUAUUGACCGGCUUGCAAGGGAAGGUGUCCGUCUCACCCAGCACAUUUCUGCAGCAUCCCUCUGCACGCCCAGUAGGGCAGCCUUCCUGACCGGACGAUAUCCCAUCCGAUCAGGGAUGGCUUCUGAUGAAUAUCGAGUCUUACUUUGGACGGCUGCAUCUGGAGGCCUUCCUGCCAACGAAACCACCUUUGGCAAGAUACUGCAACAGCAGGGCUAUACCACCGGGCUGGUGGGCAAGUGGCACGUGGGAGUGAGCUGCGACACCCGUAAUGACCAUUGUCAUCACCCCCUCAACCAUGGAUUCCACUAUUUUUAUGGCACACCGUUGACGCUGGCACUGGACUGCGAAAACAAGCACACGGAAAUAGGCCGACGCCAGAUGCCCACGUACUGGCUUUACACUAGGAUUGCAGCCUUUCUGCUGUUCCUUCUGACCCUUGGCAAGGUGUCCGGCUACCUCCCCGUGUCUUGGAGAAUGGUCAGCAUCUUGGGCCUUGGCGUGUUCCUUUUUUUCAUCUCCUGGUACUCCAGCUAUGGAUUCAUCAGGCACUGGGACUGCAUCCUGAUGAGAAACCAUGAAGUGCGAGAACAGUCCAUGGUCCUAGAGAGGACACCUUCUCUCAUACGGAGGGAGGCCAUUGCCUUUAUUGAAAGAAAUAAGCAGGGGCCUUUCCUCCUAUUCCUCUCUCUUUUGCAAGUGCACACCCCUCUUACAACAUCAAAAAACUUCCUCGGGAGGAGCCGGCAUGGUUUAUACGGAGACAACGUGGAGGAGAUGGACUGGAUCGUGGGCAAAAUUUUGGAAACCCUUGACCAAGAAGGCUUGACCAACAACACACUUGUGUAUUUCGCCUCGGACCACGGGGCCGUCUUAGGCUUUCGCAUAGAGGGUGUCACACUCGGGGGCUGGAAUGGAAUCUACAAAGGUGGCAAAGGCAUGGGAGGCUGGGAAGGUGGGAUCCGCGUCCCGGGGAUAUUCAGGUGGCCUGGGGUGCUGCCAGCUGGCCGAGUGAUUGACGAGCCGACCAGCCUCAUGGAUGUUUUCCCCACCGUGGUCCAGCUGGGGGGUGGCCAGGUGCCCCAGGACAGGGUGAUCGACGGGCGGGACCUGAUGCCCCUCCUGCGUGGCCAAGUCUCCCACUCAGAGCACGAAUUUCUCUUCCACUACUGUGGCUCUCAGCUGCACGCAGCCCGCUGGUACCAGCGAGAAAGUGGCCGGCUCUGGAAGGCACACUUUGUGACACCUGUCUUCAACCCAGAAGGACACGUGGGCUGUGCCCGCUCAGUCCUGUGCUCCUGCCACAAUGAUGUAACUCACCAUGACCCGCCACUGCUCUUCGAUCUGUCCAGGGACCCCUCAGAGGCCAUGCCCCUGUCACCUAGCUCAGAGCCCUCGUUCUACGUCGUGAUCAGCCACAUACAAGAGGCCACACGGGAGCACCACAGGACCCUCACCCCUGUCCCCAGGCAGCUCUCGGGCUUCAAUGCCGUGUGGAAGCCAUGGCUACAGCCUUGCUGUGGCGUGUUUCCGUUCUGCUGGUGCCAGGAGAACGUCCACCCUCGGGACGAGCUGUGA